CUUGUCCAGAUGACCCUUUGUGGAAAAUACAGAACAGUACAACGCCUUCAAGUAUCUACCAAGUCUGGUGUGGCAUAAAGCGUUCAUUAUUAGAAUCUCGUGCGUGCCAAGAGGACAUAAUUCCUUCUUCAACUCAUUCGUUUAUGUUUGUAUAUUCAGGCAUAUGAAGCUCACAAACGAAAUAAUUUCUCCAUGUGACUGCCAGUUAUGAAGUGGACAUUCAGUCGACUUCAGUUUCAGUCUAAUUAAAUGUUAAUUGUUAAUUUUGCUCAUUCCCGAAGCGAGAAGUGUAAAUUUCUCAAAUACCAUAAGAAUUUCAAGAUAUAAAUUAUUUUUCACUAGAAAAAAAAAAUUCUUUAUUAAUUGCAAUAAAUAUUUCUUUAUUCGAAUAAGUGUACUGUGAUUUAGUGAUUAUCAUAAAGUGUUUUUUCUCACUCAUUUUCAAAUGUGUUGUCUAAUUAAUAUUUAAUUUUUCAAGUUGACAUUUUUCUGAAACAAAUAAUUGUUUCAUUUCUACAAAAUGUAAUUAUAUUUUAUUGAAAUUAAAUGAAAAUGUUUGUUUUCUUUUUGAUCAUUUCCUUCUUGAUACUAAAUACACGAAGUCAAUUAGAUUUUUUAGAGUCAAAUUUUCAAGAGAUAGUUUAUCCAACAGUGAUAUCAAGAGAGGAAAUUCGUAGAAGAAGAUCUCUUCGUGAUAUAGAUAAAGAUUCAAUAUUCAUAUCAAUAAGUAAUUGGACAAUAAGAACAAAAUUAAAUAGUGCAUUAAUUAUUCCCCCAUAUUUCGAUAUCGAUUGGAUACAAUCUGAUCGGACAAGAACUGAAAAGUCCACAUUUCCAUUGAAUUGUCAAGCAGUACAUGGAUCUGUUGAAAAUGAGAAAAAUAUUGAUAAUUCAUUAAUUGUCAUAACAAUUUGUCAAAAAGAAUUUUAUGGUUUAUUGUUAAUUGAUAAUCGGUAUUAUUUUCUACAACCAAUUGCAAAUGGAAAACAUGUUCUUUAUGAAGAUGGAAAUAUUAAUUGGAAAUCUAUAAAGGAAAACAAUUCUCUAGCUCUAUUUCGAACGAAUGAAGAAAUCAGGAGAAUAAAAAGGCAGGAUAAAAAGCAGGAAAAUUUAGAUAAAUUUUAUAAUCUAACUGGUGAUACUUUUGAAAUAGAGAAUGCAAAAGUUUUGAUUGAUGGAGAAAGUCAAAAAAACUUGGAAGAUGAACCAAAUUUUCAAGAGGUUGCUUAUUUUUAUGACAAGACGUGGAAAUGGUCAAAACUUCCAAAGAGAAAAAUUGUCUAUAAUAACGUCUAUCCACGAUGGUUGGAAAUUGGAAUCGCAGCAGACAAUUCAGUGGUUGAAUUUCAUGGUACACGAAUGCAGCAUUAUAUUCUCGCGCUAGUGAAUAUCGUCAGUGCAAUUUACAGCGAUCCAUCUCUGGACUCAAAUAUGAAACUCGUCAUUGCAAAAGUGAUGCUUUAUACUAGUAGAAAUGAUAAUAUGAUUUCUCCUGGAAAUGCUAGGAAAUCAUUAGAAAAUGUCAAUAAGUGGCAUAGAAAAUUACUAGCUUCUUCUGAAGAAUCUCAUGAUGUUGCUGUAUGGUUGACGAGAUUAGAUAUUGGUGGUCCUUCGGGCUAUGCUCCAGUUUCUGGAGUUUGUGAUCCCUCUAGGUCAUGUGCUCUAAAUCGGGAUGAGGGUCUUAGUAGUGCAUUUAUUAUUGCCCACGAAAUUGCUCAUAUACUUGGAUUAUCACACGAUGGAGACGUUGACUCGGGAAAUACUUGCGGAGAGGAAGCAGUUUAUGGAAGCGUUAUGGCGCCAAUGGUUGCUGCCACAUUUCGUCGAUUCCAUUGGUCAGCAUGUUCGAGAAAAGAAUUUCAUCAAAAAGCUCAACAAUGGUCCUGCCUAUUGAAUCAACCAUCAGAAGAGGGUGCAAUACAAAUUAAAGAAACUACUUUACUAUCUUUUACAAUGGACGAACAAUGUCGAAUGGAAUUUGGCGAAGGUUAUCAGUUAUGUCGAAGCAUCGAUUUACUAGAACCAUGUUCUUAUCUCUGGUGUGGGAAACCAAAUGUUUCUAAAAUAUGUAAAACUAAGAAGGGUCCACCUUUAGAUGGAACGGAGUGUGGUGAAAAUAAGUGGUGUAUCAACGGUUUCUGUGAAUCUAUAGACAUGAAAUUAAAUUUAACCCCCGUAGAACAUAAUGCAAAAAACGAAAUUACGGGUGAUUGGAGUGAGUGGGAGAAAUGUUCAACAACAUGCGGAGUUGGAGUUCAAAUUAGGACAAGAAAGUGCAGCGAAUAUGAUAAAGAUGACGAGAAUGCAUGCGAGGAGAAAAGCCAAGAAUUCAGAAUUUGUCAACAGGACGAUUGUCCAACAUUGAUAGAUUUACGAGCACAGCAAUGCUCUCAACUUUCAAGUCUCAUUGAUAUUGAGAAAACGUUAUCAAUACCCUACAACACUUGGCUUCCUUAUGAAUCAGAGAAAGAGGAAUUAAGAUGUAAACUAAUUUGCAGAAGUAAAGAAACUGGUAAUUUGUACUUUAGCAAUAAAAAUUUAAAGGAUGGAACUCCAUGCUCCUACGAAUCUACUGACAUUUGCGUUAAAGGGAAGUGUUACUCAAUGGGAUGUGACAAGGUCUUAAAUUCUGAAAAGAUUAAAGAUUCGUGUGGAGUUUGCGGUGGUGAUAAUUCAACUUGCGAGAAUGUUGUAAAGAAGUUUCAUCGGAAAUUAAGAAGACCUUCUGCUCGAUUAGGCGUAAUUCCACCAUCAGCUCAUAAUAUCAGGAUCGAUGUAACCAUUUCCGGAAUAUCAACCACUGAAAAUAAUAGUAUGAUUAUAUUAAUUAAGGAUGGACGUAAGCAGAAAAGCGAAAUUAAACAUUUUGAUUCUCAGGGUAAAGGGAAAAUUGUAAUCGUUGAAGGAGCCGCGUUUCGACCACAGAAAAUUAACGAAACUUAUACAAUGUGGGCCAGGGGUCCUGUUCUUAAAGAAAUUAUUGUUUCUUUGUCACUAAUGGAUAAUGAUUUGAAAAAAGGAGUAUUUAUAUCAGCUUUUUCUCGAUAUGUUAUAAAUCGUAAUCAGUGGAAAGAAAAUAAAUACAGUUGGUUAUUAGGAGGAUGGAGUUCGUGCUCCGUUACUUGUGGCGGUGGAUACCGUCAUAAGACAUUAACAUGUAAAGAUAUGGAAACUGGAAAAAUUGUUAAUAAAAGAAAAUGUCCACUUAUUUCGAAACCUUCAUUGAACAUCGAAAAAUGCAAUUCAUUCAGUUGUGAAUUUAAAUGGUUGGAGGGUUUUUGGGAAGGUUGUACAAAAACUUGUGGAAAUAGUGGAACUCAACAGAGACAAUUAUUUUGUGUACAUUCGUCGUUUGCAGAUAGUCACAUGACGACAGACAAUGAGCGUUUGAUCUAUAAAACAAUGGUCUCGCCUGAUAAAUGUAAAAUGCAAAAAGAACCAGUCACAGAAAGAGAAUGUAGUAGAGUGCCUUGUGCUGGACAAUGGAUCUACGCCGAAUGGUCUCCGUGUUCCCAAACUUGUGGAAUUGGAAUUCAGUCGCAAAUUGCACAAUGCAUUCCACUUGAAGGUGAAGCAUCUGCCUCCUGCAAUGGAACCUAUUUGCCGGACAAAAUGCGAUUGUGCAGAGGAUCAAGUAAACGAAAUCCAAAGUGUGCGAAUUAUUGUCAAAAAGACAGAAGUCAAUAUUGUACCUUAAAAAAUCUCAAAAGAUACUGCCAAAUUCCAGUCUUUCGGCGAAAGUGCUGCCACUCUUGUCAGAAAAAUUGAACAUACAUCAAGAAAUAACAGUUGUUAAAAUUCAACAGACGAUGAUUACAAUACAUGAAUUAAGA